AAACAGUUUUAAUACAACCCGUCAUUCUUCUUGAACUGUCAUUUUUAUUGUUAAACAUUUGCGACUCUCCUCCCAACGGGUUUAGCAGAAAAAUGCAUCAUCCAAAAGCAAAAAUGGAUGAAUUUAAAACAAAGUUUAUGGACUUGCUGCACAAACAGACAAAUAGACAGUUGAAAAUACCAGCUAUGGGUUUCUCCGAUUACUUCAUACAGAGUGUCACAACUGAGCCUACGGAAGCUUCUGCAAACAAACUGAAAGCUGGAAGCAAUGUACCAAUGUUAUCACCAAAUGGUGAAAGUGAUGCAUCUAAUUCCGAUACUGUUGAUACUACUGCCAACGCACAAAAAUCUGACCAGGAAAUACUGGAGAGUAUAGAGGAAAUAUAUUUUCAACCAGAAGGGGAGGAGGGGCGCAAUGUGCAUGGUCAAUAUGAACUUCAGAAAGUACUUAGUGACGGUGUAAAUUUUCAACUAAUUGAUGGAACGAUUGCACAAUUGCGGACACAGCAUAAAGUCCUAUCAAAGCAAGUACUUCAGAACAUAUUAGAGCAACGUAGUGCUUGCAAUGAGGAGUUUGCAUCCAUUAAUGAUAUACAAAAAGAUCUGGAAGAGUCCCUGUGGACUUGUCGAAAAGCACGUUCUUAUUUAAAUUAUGCAAAAGUCAAUUUAACCACAACAAGCCUAGAAAUAUUAGCAUCUUAUCGAAAGCGUGAAAUACUUAAGGAGCUUUUAAAUACUUUGCUCGCGAUUAAAAAGCUGAAAUCAACUGACGUCGAGGUGCAAAAAUUUCUUUCCGACUAUAAUUACUCUGGUGCAAUUGGUUUGCUGCUUAAGUGUAAAGAUUCUGCUGAAGAAUAUAUGCAAUACAACUGUGUGCAGUCAUUGAAUAAGAAGCUACAAGAAACCCUUUUGCUAACGGAGUUUCAGUUAGACACAGUUCUCAAUGAGAUGAUUUUGAAUUUUGAUAUGCGAAAGUAUGCGAAGCUGCAAGAGGCUUACAAACUGCUAAACAAAUCGCUAAUUGCUAUGGACCAGCUGCACAUAAAUUUCAUCUCCGCUAUUCAUUCCUCUGUAAACUCAGUUUUGCGCGCUUUUAACGACCCAAAUAUUGAUGAAAAUAUGAAAUUCCUUUUCGAACAACUUUGUGAACAAGUGACUGUGGACAAAUACAUUUCCUGCUUGAUCAGCUUGUGCAAAACAUUCUGGACUAUACUGGCAUCCUACUAUCAAAUUGUUGUUUGGCAUCAAAACUAUAAGCUCUAUCCUUUGGACAUGGAAGACUCGCCCGACAUUUAUAUACAAGAAAAGCUGAAGAAGGGUCAAUCACGAAUUUGGAAUGACAUUCUAACAAAGAUUUGCACAUUUCUGCAAAGCACUAAACUGAAAACGUUGAAGUAUGAUCAAUUCAUACAAGUGUUAUCCAUAGUACAGCGUUUAAAAAAAGUUGGUCUGGAGUUUUGUGGUGAACAGUCCGAGAAAUUGAUUGAAACAAUGCAAGUACAAAGUCAGGAAUUUUUCCAACGCUAUCACAUAACAUGCCUAGAAGAGAUAUGUCUAUUUUUGGAUAACGAAUCGUGGACAAUGGUGGAUUCGUUUGUGAAUAUACUCCAGUUGCCGGAAUUUCGUUCUGUACGCAACACGUUGAGGCGGCAUAAAUCACCGCCUGUCGCACACUUGCUCGUUUCAGCGACAUCAGUGAAUAAUUCACCAACAAGCAAUAACAAUUGUGACGAAUUAGUGUCGGUGCAUUCGCAAGACGGUGGUAGUUCCAUUUACGGUUCCUAUGGUUACUUUCUGCGUUUCUCUGAGAAGAGUUCGCCAUUUGAUGGUGGUCUGGAUGUGGCUAUGCUUGAAGAGGACAUACUCUCCGGUAUUGUAGACGAGGCUUCCUGCUACUUCUCCGAGGACAGUGAUGACGAGCAAAAAAGCAUGCAAAGCAAAUGUGAAGAUGAGGCUGGCCAUGCGUGUGUUAUUGUAAACAACACAACACUGAACGUAUUCCGUUGCAUUGGCCGUUACCUACAAAUGUGUAAGUUGUUGCAUUGCAUUUCACCGAAAAUUGUGGCGAGCAUGUUGGAAUUGAUGGACUUCUACGCCUAUGCGGUGCAUGAAAUUUUCGGCAAAGAUGCUCCCGUGACGAUGGAAAAAUUUUACAACGCACGUCUUGAGCAAAAACUCCAAACAGUUCUGGACAAUGUCGUAACAAAUAUAAAGAUUUGGCCACUAAACUUUUCAUCACUGAUUAAUAAUGAGCUGGCGAAUCCAGAUACUCUGUACGGCCUUUCACAGCGCAUAGUUGCGAUAGAGAGUGGCCAUUGUAUGACACAGCAGUUUCAAACACUACACAAUUACCUCAACCAUUUGUUAGCGCCACAAGAGCGACCAAUGCUAACGGCUUAUUUCGACUACAUUGAAUUCAUGGCUGAUAUUGCACGUCCAGUGUACACAUGUGUAACUUCGCGCGUCAUUGAUUUGCCAGCGGUCUUAGCAAUGAUCAGCAAAGUGAAAUGGGAUGUCAAUCACGUCAGUUUUCAACAUAAUAAUUAUAUUGAUAUUAUGAAUCGGAAUAUUCAAAGCUUUGCAAUGCGUUUGGAGGAAAUCGCCAAAGAAAUAAAUCUUCCUGCGGAAAUUAUAUGGAACUCCAUGGCUCAUGUCGCGACGCAUUUGCUAGUAGAAGGUUUCUCGAAUGUAAAAAAAUGCUCCGCCGGCGGUCGUGCGCUAAUGCAGUUAGAUUUUACAAAUUUUAUGUCCAUACUCGAGUUGAUUUCCAAUCAAAAAUAUCCAGCGCAUCGCAUUUAUGUUGACAGUUUCAUAAAGGCAUAUUAUUACUCAAAUGAACAAUUCGAAGAAUGGAUUGAGGCACAGCGCAAUCUGGAGCAAUAUUCCACAAAGCAACUAACCAAUCUCAUACAAUGUGUUUGCGUGAGCGACAAACGCACCAGACAAAAACUAUUACAAUUAUUAGGUGGUAAUAGCACUAGUGUUGGAAAUGGCAAUAAUCUCAAUUUAAGUACAAGUAGCACAUAGUUGGAAUAUUUAGACCAUACAGCGUCAUAUUAAGCGCCAAGUAUUUGGCCACUGCACAAAUAUUUAUACUUUCGAAAAUCCAUAUGUUACAUAUCCACAUAUAUGUAUAUUUUGUGCUAUUCAAUGCUACGUUAAUGUCUCGAAACAUUCCACUUUUGAUUUAUUUAUAUUUGUAGGCAUAUUUGCAAAUCACUUUACCUCUUGUUAUUUAUAUGCACAUUAAGGUUUCCCUUGUUUGCCAAAGUUGAUUUGUUUUUUGCAAACGUUCCCUUAAGGGUCAUAAACGAGCUUUUUAUUGAGUUUAAAGCGUGGCGAAAUUAUUUUACUUUUCUCAUACACUUUAGAACAGAGAUUUUUUCUUGUUAUCUCCAAAGCACUGUAAAAUAUCAUACAAAACUAUUUGCUCUAUAAAAAAUGUCGGCAUAAUUUUUUUCAUAAAAACAUUCCAUGAAAGUUAUAUGCAGUUAAAGAUAUGUAUCAAAUGUACUGUAUGUAAACAGUACACCAUGUGGUAUGAGCAACACAGAGUGUAUAAAUGAUGAAUGCUUGAAUGCGUUUUUAGGGCAAAAUCUUCAGGGGGCGUACCCUUAAUGUGCAUUGUGACUAAAAGUAAUUUAUUUAUUAACUAUUUAAUCGAUCUCCUAUUAACCCUAUAUUACUCAAAACGAUGUACUUCAAACUCUCUAUAAACUCUCUUCACUUAUGAUAUUGAUAAAAAAAUUUUCUUCAUACUUUGAACGGAGUAAACUUGAAUCUCGAAACUUUAUUAUCUCUUCUCAUAUACCUAUUUUAUACAUACUUACAUAUAAAUAGACAAUUUUAUUUAUACACACAUAUUAUAUAUUAUUAUAUUUCGAUUAUGUACCUUAUUAGCUUGUUAUAUAACUUAUAUUUUGUUCAUCUGAUAACUACUAUAUGUUGGUAAAUGAACUCGUUUGUGCAGCCUGACGGACAAAUAUGUAUAUCUAGCAUCAAUAAUAAAAAGCAACAAAAAGUAAUAUGCAACAUAUUAUACACAUACAUAUAUACCUUAUACAUUAAUACAUCACUGUUAAUGUACUGUAAUCUAAAGUAAACGUAUUUAUAGCGCAUAAAUUUUAAAGUUGUAUUAUAAAUGAAAAAAUAACAUAUAAAUAUUACCAACACAUGUCGGCGAUCACGCAGUUAU